AUGUUAUUUAUGGAAAGCUACUUGUGCUAUUGCUCAGUGCGCUUGGGCGUUAUGAUAGUCGCCGUUUUGGCCAUGCUGCAGAACCUAACUCUGAGCAUUUUCUUGUUUGUGCAAGGCGUACAUAUAUUUGAUUAUUUAAUCGAUUUGAUGGAGCAGGAUGCGCAAUAUAGAUCGAGCAGCUUGGUUAGAAAGUUCAUUGAUUGGGUGCACGAUGCUCCCGACAAUGUCUUGAUAUUUCUACAGGUCUGCUGCUAUCUUCAUAUACUGACGGCCAUUUUGGGCAUCGUGGGUGCAAUCAGAAUUCUGCACUCUAUACGCAUGAUUGUGCUACAAGAAAGAAAAACAACUUUGGGCUUGCUGAUUGUGGCUAAACUCGUGGGCAGCUUCUGGUGUCUUUUUGUUGGCUAUAAUGCCGUUACCUGCAUUGCCAUGUAUCAGAUCAUAACAUUGGUUAGAAGCUCCAGAUAUCGUCAGCUGUAUGGCGAGGAUCCGUUUCAUCCGCUUGCAAUGCAGCGCAUCUCUGCUGGCAAGGACUCGGUGCAACAGCUGCGCAUGCUGCAAACUCCGGAGGAAACGGACAUUGAUGAGCAGAAGCGCUUGGCCAAGUUGGCGCAGUGGCCUAAGCGCAGACCGCAGAUAAUUUCAGUUAUACCCGUGCAGGCGCCAGCGCCGCAGCUCAAAUGGUGGCAGCUACAAGCGCUGGACAAGGAGGCGAGGCUGGAUGAUUCGCGCGUCUAUCGCAAUUGGCAGCGCGACGAGCUGCUGCGUGGCGUGGGCGGCGAGCUGGAGCGCAAGAACGCGCUCAAUCGACGCUAUGCUGAGGAUCAGCAAUUUCGCUGGCAUUAG